CAGCUCCUAUCUGCCACUAACCACAGAUCGUCGCAGACUGGACCAAACUAACCUCUGUGAUUUGGCUUCUAACCUUUAAUAACGCUCAUUCUGUGAAAUCCUGCUUUGGGAAGACUUGUCUUCAUUUAUGGGAUAGUUUCAUUAAAAAACGAAUAUGGAGUUAAAAGAUUUAGAAAACGACAAAGCAAUAAAAGAAAAAUUGUCAAAUCUUCGCAAUAGUGUGCAAAAAAUUAAGAAAAUACUCGAUACAGCCCUAGAAGCUGAUACCAGCCAGUUCUCCUUAAAAGAUCAAGUAGAGUUUGAUUUAUUUCUUACCUAUGCAUUAAACGCGCUGUACUGGAUGUAUCUGAAAACCAAAGGCGAAGAUCCAAAUUUCCAUGAUGUUAAAAACCAGUUAGCUAGAGUUAAGGACUACAUGGUCAAAGCGAAACAGGCUGACGAACGAAAUACAAUAAGACCUAAAGUAAAUCAAGCUGUUGCAGCGAGAUUUGUAAAACAUGGGAUUCAUCACAAAGAGGAAGAACAACCUCCCAAUAAAAAAAUAAAAUUUGCGGAUUAAACUUAGUUAUUUUUUAUAAAAAAAAUAAAUAAAAGUUAAAAGGCACUCAGUGCACUGUUGUUCAAGGGAUUGAACAUUUCUUUAAAUAACUAGUUUCUAAUUAUACUUUAUUCUAAUAAAAACUUUUUAUUCUCUUAA